GUCCACGCCACGAAUCCCUUCUCUCGUUAAUUCUACAUGGAAGAAAUUGCUAUGGCAGCUCACAAUUUCCCACAAGGUCGUGAAAUAUGUUACAAGUCUCAAUUUUUAUAAUUCGUUUUAGAGAACCCAAUUCAUCUUUCUCUUCGCUUUCAUUCUGAUCAACGAUUCAACAUACAACAACCGCCUCAGUUUCUUUCUCAUUCAUUCAAAUUCGUCGACCCGUCUUCCCAUUAAUUUGGGUCCUCCAGCUACCAAAAAGUCAUACACAGGAAGAUAUGGUGGGCUUGAAGCCGAAUUUGCCCUCUUGGACGAGUUUCUCAUCGACCCGGGUUGAUGUUGAGAGAAAUGUUUCUUCUUUAUCGGAUUCCAUCUUCAGAGACGGCGAAGAAGGCCCAUCGGAGCAGUCUCGCCGCCUCUCUGAUGCCAAUUUGAGCUUUGGAGAACGAUCCCUUUCCGCCGCUGGAGCCGCCGUUCUUUCUGCCAUUCUCGUUAAUCCCCUUGACGUUGCCAAGACAAGGUUGCAAGCACAAGCUGCUGGAGUCCCAUAUCAAGGUCCAUGCCGGAUGACAAGUUUAGAAACGAAUACGGCGAUUCCUAAUUUGAGAUGUUCAUCAGUAUCCAGCUCACGUUCUCUUCUUGGUCUUGAACCUAAUUGUUCUCCAGAAUGUAACCGGUACACGGGAACAUUUGAUGUGUUCAACAAGGUUAUUCGUCAGGAAGGUUUUGGGAGGUUGUGGCGAGGCACAUAUGCAAGCUUAACCCUGGCUGUGCCAACCGUUGGGAUCUACAUGCCUUUUUAUGAUAUCUUCCGCAAUUUGAUGGAAGAUUUUACCACCAAGAAUGCUCCGAGUUUGACUCCAUAUGUUCCAUUAGUUGCAGGAUCAACUGCUCGCUCAUUAGCAGUUGUAUCGUUAUACCCUAUUGAACUUGCACGGACCCGAAUGCAGGCAUUUAGAGAAAAACAAACUGGCACUAAGCCUCCAGGAGUGUGGAAGACGCUGGUUGAGGUUGUCAACCCUACUAGGGGUAAUCGCCUUCAAGAUUUACAGAACUAUCGUCUCUUAUGGACCGGCCUUGGCGCUCAACUUGCUAGAGAUGUUCCAUUCUCUGCCAUCUGCUGGGCAACACUUGAGCCUUUAAGGAGGAAAAUUCUAGGCCUAGUUGGGGAGGAAGCCAAUGCAGCAAGUGUGCUAGGUGCAAAUUUCUCGGCUGGCUUUAUUGCUGGAAGUCUUGCAGCUGCUGCAACAUGUCCGCUGGAUGUUGCUAAAACACGAAGGCAAAUCGAGAGAGAUCCUGAAAGAGCAUUAAACAUGACUACAAGAACAACUCUGGCGGAAAUUUGGAGGGAUGGGCGAAUCAAAGGAAUGUUUGCAGGAGUUGGUCCUCGCGUUGGUCGUGCCGGUCCCUCUGUGGGGAUAGUCGUCUCGUUCUACGAAGUUAUGAAGUAUGCAUUGUAUCACAGACACCCAAAAGAAAGAACGACUGAAUAGAGAGGAAGUCCCUUGGCAUGUAGUAUUCCCUAUGUAAUCUCAAGAAAUCUCCUUUCCACAGAUUCUUUAGGCCGAAGGACCUUUGCUUGCUUAUAGACAGCAACUUCUAAAGAAAUAAAAAUCUCCUAUGGGACCUCCAGUCUCUAGCUUUUUUUUUUUUU